GUGUUUCUGUUUUCACGCUGCUUGUAUGACUGGGCUGGUCGCUCCGCUCGUCUGUUCGUGUUUCUGCGGGGUGUGUGAAAGGCCAGGAGCGGUUAACGCGCUCGCUGCUCCUCUCUCAGCUCAACGGCUGUGCCGUCCACCCUCGUGUGACUACAUUGUGAAGUAACAGCAAUCUGCUGGCGCACUCAGAGGACAUGGCAGCCGCAACCGUGGCUGAAGCGGACCCAGCAGAGACCGAUGGGGCUGCCGCCGCCGCCGCCGCCUCCUCCUCCUUUAAGGAUCUACGCGACCCAGGCUGGAAUGAAUCGCAGCUUCGACAAUAUCCUUUCCCAACCAGACAAAUACCACGACUAUCCCAUACAGAUCCGCGUGCUGAGAUCCUCAUCAAUAACGAGGAGCCUGUCGUCUUAACAGACACCAGUUUAGUAUAUCCAGCUCUAAAAUGGGACAUACCCUACUUGCAAGAGAACAUUGGAAAUGGGGACUUCUCUGUUUACAUAGCAGAAAAUCACAAAUUCUUGUAUUACGAUGAGAAAAAGAUGCCAAACUUUCAGGACUUUGUGCCCAAAUCUCGUCGAAUAGAAAUGAAAUUUUCUCAGUUUGUGGACAAGAUGCGUCAAACAGAGGAACAAGGUGGAAAAGAAAGAGUGUACUUGCAACAAACUCUGAAUGAUACAGUAGGCCGAAAAAUAGUGGUGGAUUUCCUUGGAUUCAAUUGGAACUGGAUUAACAAACAGCAAGCUAAACGAAACUGGGGUCCGCUGACCUCAAAUUUGCUCCUCAUAGGCAUGGAAGGCAAUGUGACACCAGCACACUAUGAUGAGCAGCAGAAUUUCUUUGCACAAAUCAAAGGACAUAAGAGAUGCAUCCUCUUUCCUCCGGAUCAGUUUGACAGCCUCUAUCCUUACCCAGUUCAUCAUCCAUGUGACAGACAGAGUCAGGUUGAUUUUGAAAAUCCAGAUUAUGACAAGUUUCCUAAUUUCAAAAAUGCUGUUGGAUAUGAGGCUGUUGUGGGGCCAGGUGAUGUGUUAUACAUCCCAAUGUACUGGUGGCAUCACAUUGAGUCCCUGUUAAAUGGAGGAGAGACCAUCACAGUAAACUUCUGGUACAAGUGUUGUACAAAAUAUUUGCAGGGGGCACCCACUCCAAAGAGGAUAGAGUACCCUUUGAAAGCUCAUCAGAAGGUGGCCAUAAUGAGGAACAUAGAGAAGAUGUUGGGAGAGGCCUUAGGGGACCCGCAUGAGGUUGGUCCAUUGCUGAACAUGAUGAUCAAGGGCAGAUAUGAUCAUGGACUGAGUUAAUGGCCUGAGCUGAACCUUCUUUGGUGUGCUGCUAAGACGGUCUGUUUAUAUGUGUGUGUGGAUAUGAGUAUAUGCUUGUGUAUACAUUCAGACUGUUGAAAUGCCAGUGCAUGGCAGUAUUUUGGCAGUAUAAAGACUUCCGCCUUUUGUCUACUUUUAUUUACUGGACCCAUUAUAGCUAGUUCUCUGUUGGUGUAAGGAGAAAACCACUGGUAAGGAAUCUCGAGUUGACCUCUCUUUAAAAAGUCCUUAAAUUCAUAUGUUUGCAGCAAAAAAAAAAAAAAAAAAAAAAAUAGACAAA